UUCCAAUUUGCAUCUCUUAUUAAAUAAGCCUCCAAAAGAAUCUUAGUUCUAGUUUUACACUCCCUUUUUGUGAUUAACUAUGGUGAGUUGUCCCUAUUUUCCAUCACCAUUUAUUCAGUAUUAAGUAGCAGCAAAAUAUUCCAAAAAGCCAGCUUCUUUGGAAACUCUCAGAGUUCCUAAACUUGAGAACUAUAUAUAAACUUCCUUCAAGAACAACAACAACGGCAAUAACAACGAAUCCAAUUCCACAAGUGGGGUCUGAUAGGAUAGUGUGUACGCAAACUUUAUCCUUACCUUGUGAGAGUAGAGAGGCUAUUUUCGGAAAGAACAUUAAACGGAAAUUCAAGAAAGAAAGAUGAAAGUACAAAAAAGGCGGAGUGUUGUAUUAGUGCCAUAUCCAUUCCAGGGGCAUUUAACACCAAUGCUGCAGCUUGGAAGUAUUCUUCAUUCUCAAGGCUUUUCUGUCGUAGUUGCGCAUACUGAAUUCAAUGCUCCUGAUUAUUCCAAUCAUCCUGAAUUCAUCUUUCAUUCUAUGAACGACGGAUUACAGGGAAUUGACAUGUCAAUGCCGAGUCUAGAAAAUAUGUAUGAUCUGAACGAGAACUGCAAGACGUCCCUUAAAAAUUACCUCGUUAGUAUGAUGGAAGAGGAGGAGGAAGAGGAAUUUCAAGGUGAUCAGCUUGCUUGUCUCAUUUAUGACAAUGUUAUGUUCUUUGUUGAUGAUGUGGCUACUCAACUAAGGCUUCCUAGUAUUGUCCUCCGCACUUUCAGCGCUACAUAUUUACACUCUAUGCUCACCAUUCUUCAGAAACCAGAUAAAUAUUUUCCUUUUGAAGAUUCUCAGCUACUGGAUCCUUUGCCGGAGCUUCAUCCCCUGAGGUUUAAGGAUGUACCAUUUCCUGUCAUCGAUAAUACAGUUCCAGAACCGAUACUAGAAUUCUGUCGAGCAAUGAGCAAUAUAGGAUCUUCUGUUGCGACUAUUUGGAAUACAAUGGAAAACCUGGAAAAUUCAUUGUUGUUACGCGUUCAGGAACAUUACAAGGUGCCCUUCUUCCCCAUCGGCCCUCUACACAAAAUGGCACCUUCAACCUCAUCGACUAGCUUACUAGAAGAAGACGGUAGCUGCAUGGAGUGGCUCGACAGACAAGCUCCUAAUUCAGUACUCUAUGUCAGCUUGGGAAGCCUAGUAAAGAUCGACGACAAGGAGCUAAUUGAGACUGCUUGGGGAUUAGCUAACAGUGAACAGCCCUUCUUAUGGGUUGUUCGACUUGGAUCCGUCUCUGGCUUUCAAUGGAGUGAGGCCUUGCCCGAAGGUUUUGAGAAAACGAUAGGAGAAAGAGGUCGGAUAGUGAAAUGGGCACAACAAAAACAGGUGCUUGCACAUCCCGCGGUGGGAGGUUUUUUCACACAUUGUGGUUGGAAUUCUACACUUGAGAGUAUUUGUGAAGAAGUCCCUAUGAUAUGCAGGCCAAUUUUAGCAGACCAACCAGUGAACGCGAGGUAUCUAAGCCAGAUAUAUAAGGUUGGCCUGGAAUUGGAGGCGGCAGAGAGAUCGGUUAUAGAGAAAACAGUAAGGAAACUCAUGUUAAGUGAAGAAGGCAAAGAUCUGAAGAAAAGGAUAGUAGACAUGAAACAAAAGAUUGUUACUGGUAUGCAGAUUGAUGGUUCUUCACAUAAGAACUUGAAUGACUUAGAACACUUCAUUUCUUCCUUGCCUUCGCGCGCUGCACCAACGCCUGCUGUCGGAGCAAUCCUCAGCUCAAACCAUAUACCAAGCAAGAGUACUAUCAUAGAGUCUUGAUGUUAAAAGAAUCAAAUUCUUGUAAGUUGUAAUCCCCUAGCUUGGCAAGACAAGAAGUCCUUAAUAACAAAAGGAAAAAUAAGAUUAGAAGUAAACAGAUUUUAUAUUAAUAGUCAAAAGGAAAAUUAAAAAAAUGCUUUCAAAUGUGAAGAA